AUGGCUGAGCCAGGGGAUGUAGAGGAAGAUCUCUUUGCUGAUCUGUAUGACGCGGAUGAGAACACGAACCAGACGUCUUCAGCUCCCAAGAUUUCCGACUUCGCAGUGUCUCCCGCACCUGCCCAAGCAACGACUUCCCCUGCGACACAAACUGCAGAGAAUUUCAAGUCGGAGCCAGAAGACGCUCAUACCGCGGAUUCCUACGCGUAUUCGUAUGAAGGACAUCAAAGAAAUGGCUCGGGCAUGUAUGAUACAAAUCAUACCACCAAUGUUACUGCCGCUCCCACGACCGAACAAGAGCCUCAGGGCACCGGAAUCAAGGAAGAUGGGUAA